AUGCCAGAAAAUCCAGCAGCAGAUAAGCAGCAGGUGCUGCAGAUCCUGGAUCGGCUGCAGGCGAAGCUGCAGGAGAAAAGGGAUUCCCAGCACCAGGAGAACCUGGCUGUCCUCAGGAACACCCUCAGGAGCCCCCUGUUCAACCAGAUCCUGACUCUCCAGCAGUCCAUCAAGCAGCUGAAGGAGCAACUCAAUUACAUGCCUCCUGACCGCUCGGUGGAUUUCGAUUUUACCAAGAGGGGGCUCUUGGUGUUUGCUGACAAAUCAGUCACUGCUGGGACACCUUGCACUUCACCUGCACCCAGGGCAUCAGCCUUCACUCCAAACCUGCCCGUUAAUGAAUUUAACAUGAUCAUCCAGCAAAUGGCAAAGGGGAGACAAAUAGAAUCAAUAACGAUUGAUAAACCUUCUGUUGGAGGGCUUGGAUUCAGCGUGGUUGCCCUUAAAAAUCCCAGCCUGGGAGAAGCUGGUAUCUUUGUCAAGGAAGUCCAGCCAGGAAGCAUAGCUGACAGGGAUCAAAGACUGAGGGAAAACGACCACAUACUGGCCAUUAAUUGCACGCCAUUGGAUCAGAACAUUUCCCAUCAGCACGCCAUUGCCCUCCUCCAGCAAUCCACAGGAUCCCUGCAUCUGGUGGUGGCUCGGGAGCCACUUCAGGGGAGCAGCAGAGCUGCCUUGUUCAGUGAUGUAAAUCCACCUGAGACUAUUCACUGGGGCCACGUCGAAGACGUUGAGCUGAUUAACGAUGGCUCGGGAUUAGGCUUUGGAAUUGUAGGAGGAAAGUCGAGUGGAGUAGUUGUAAGAACAAUUGUUCCUGGGGGAUUAGCAGAUCGGGACGGGAGGCUGCAGACGGGAGACCACAUCCUGCAGAUUGGAGGGACCAACGUGCAGGGCAUGAGCAGCGAGCAGGUGGCCCAAGUGCUCAGGAACUGUGGGAAUUCUGUCAGGAUGAUCGUGGCCAGGGAGCCCAAGUGUGAAUUCAUGGAGGCUCCCCCAGCUCCCCUCAGCUGGCCAGUCAGCACACUGCCUUCCCUUCCAAAUGGAAAUGAUAAUGACAACUUUUUUGACACCUAUGAUGUUGAACUUAUAAAAAAGAAUGGGCAAAGCCUGGGAAUAACAAUUGUUGGAUAUGCUGGCGCGUGUGAUCUAGAACCUUCAGGGAUUUUUGUGAAAAGUAUCAUACCUGGGAGUGCUGCUGACCACAAUGGCCAAAUUCAUGUCCAUGACAAAAUUGUUGCUGUUGAUGGAGUCAACAUAGAGGGCUUUAGCAACCAGGAGGUGGUGGAGGCGCUGCGGAACACGGGGCAGACUGUGCGUCUCACCUUGCUGAGAAGGAGACCUUCCUUUGCUCUUCCCUCAGAAACACCUUCAGGGAGAGGAAGAGUCUCACUCCCUCCAGCACAUGAGCUGAAAUCCAAAUGGGAAAACCUGCUGGGACCAGAAUACGAAGUUAUGGUUGUGAAUGUGGAUAUGCCCUUUAAAGACGACUCAGAGCUCCAGAAGUACUCAAAGCUGUUACCCAUCCACACUCUGAGACUGGGAGUUGAGCUGGACACUUUUGAUGGACAUCAUUAUAUCUCAUCCAUUGCUUCAGAUGGCCCAGCUGCAGCUCUUGGUCUUCUGCAACUGGAGGAUGAACUUCUGGAGGUGAACGGGGUGCAGCUGUGUGGCAGGUCCCGGCGGGAGGCUGUCACCUUCCUCAAGGAGGUGCCUCCCCCCUUCACCCUGGUGUGCUGCCGGCGGCUCUGCAGCGACGGCGCCGAGUCCUGGGUGGACGAGCCCCCCGUGUCGGUGGCAGUGUCCCCUCCGGAGCCACAGGUGAAACCUGAGGAAGACUUGAAUCCUGAGGAGGAAGAAGGGGAGUUGGCAUUAUGGUCUCCUGAUGUGAAGGUUAUUGAGCUGGAGAAAGACAAAAAUGGUUUAGGAUUCAGCAUUUUGGACUAUCAGGACCCCUUGGAUCCAGCGGGAACAGCCAUAGUGAUCAGCUCCCUGGUGCCGGGUGGCGUGGCCGAGCGCGGCGGGCAGAUUUUGCCGGGCGACCGCUUGGUGUUCGUCAAUGAGAAACACCUGGAUGGAGCCACCCUGGCAGAGGCCGUGGAAGUGCUGAAAUCUGUGCCCCCAGGGACUAUUUCCCUUGGGAUCUGCAAGCCUUUGGUGGGAGACAGCAAAGAGGAGGAGAGAAUGCACGGUGUGGAAACCAGCAGCAUCAAAAGCAGCCCUGGGUCUCCAGAACCAAUAGAUAACACAAAUUUCUCAGUAAUACUUGAAGCACCACAGGGUUUCAGGGACGAGGUGCCUUUCAACGAAGAGCUGGUUGACGAGCCCCAUGUGGACUUGGGAAGGUCGUUUCAGCUUCCUCAGAGGGAUGAGGAGUACGGGCAGGAGUCCUGGGAGAUGUGCGAGUUCCUGACAGUGGGAGCGCAGGGCGCGGAGCAGGAGCGCGAGAUGCUGGUGGAUGAGGAGUACGAGGAGGAUCCCGACUUCCUGAAGGGGGAUGAGGCAUCAGGUGCAGAGGAGGCAGCCUCAGACAGGAGCCCGGACGCUGAACCAUGGGCAGAGCAACUGCAGGAUGAGGAAACUCAAGAUUUGAGAUCUGGUGUUAGCCUGAGUGCCAAAGAGUCCCUGGAAUAUCCAUUCGGGAAAGAUCAAGUGUGUGAAGAGAAUGCUGCUUUAAGGUCACACAUUUCUGGAACCACAUCUCCCAGCAGCUACCAAAAAGACAUAUUUGAUACUGAAACUACCCAGGCAGAAGGGAAAACUGAGAUGAAUUCAGGGCCAAAGCUUCAGAGUGACUCCAAAGGACCUGAGCUUGCUGCUGAUUCAGAAGCAGCUGGAAAGGAAGCCCUGAAAGAGGAGAAUUAUGUCCUUCCCAAGAGCCAGGAAUCUGGGAGAGUAACCACCUUGGCUCAGCCUAGAGCAGCAUCAGGCAGUGAAUUACCCGAGAGAGAAGAAGGAGAAGGAGAAGAAACUCCAAACUUCAGCCACUGGGGACCACCACGAAUUGUUGAGAUCUUCAGAGACCCUGAGGUGUCUCUUGGAAUCAGCAUUGUUGGUGGACAAACUGUCAUAAAGCGCCUGAAGAAUGGAGAAGAACUUAAAGGGAUCUUUAUCAAACAAGUUCUGGAAGACAGCCCAGCAGGAAGAACAAGGGCUUUAAAAACUGGAGAUAAAAUACUUGAGGUUUCUGGGGUAGACCUACAGAAUGCCACCCACAAGGAAGCAGUAGAUGCCAUCAAGAAUGCAGCAAAUCCUGUGGUGUUUGUAGUCCAGAGCUUGGCUAAUGUACCAAAAGUGGUUUCUCCUGCCCAGCCUAAGGGAAUCAAAGUCAGCAAAGAUCAGGAUGCAGACAAAGAAAAUAAGAGUGAUAAGAGGAAAUAUGGGGCUCCACCUCCCAUGAAGCUGCCACCUCCUUACAGAGCCCUCGAAAGGCACCACGCAGGGGAGGCUGCUCUGGGUGAAGAGGAGGAUGAGGAUGCUUGUGCCGAGGAAAAAAUCAGGCAGAGAUAUGCAGAUCUCCCGGGAGAAUUGCACAUUAUUGAGCUGGAGAAAGACAAGAAUGGGCUGGGGCUCAGCCUGGCUGGCAACAAGGACCGCUCCAGGAUGAGCAUCUUCGUGGUGGGGAUCAACCCCGACGGCCCCGCGGGACGGGACGGGCGCAUGCACAUCGGGGAUGAGCUCCUGGAGAUAAACAAUCAGAUAUUGUAUGGAAGAAGCCACCAGAAUGCUUCUGCAAUCAUUAAAACUGCCCCAUCCAAGGUCAAGCUGGUUUUCAUACGAAGUGAAGAUGCAGUCAACCAGAUGGCUGUCACUCCCUUCCCACUGCCUUCAGGCUCCCACUCUGCCAUUGAGGACCACAGUGGCACCGAACCUGCAGGUGGUGAGGAAGACCCAAGUUUGGAAGUUGUCAUGAAAAGCUUGGCUGAUGAGGAAUCCAGCAAAGCUGAUGUGAAGUGUAAAGCUGAGACACCGGUGGUGGCAGAUGAGCAGGAGGCAGAGGAGCAGCUCCCAGAAAAUGUCCUCAGCCAGGUCAAGCAGCCCAAACCUUCCACGGCAGCCCCAGGGAGCUGCCAGGAGUCACCCCUGGAGCCAGCACCUCCUCACCUCCCUCCAGAGCCAGAAGCCACCAGCCGUGGUGUCUUCCCAGCUGCUCUGCCUGUGGAUCCAGCCACCUGUGCCAUAGUGCCAGGGCAGGAGAUGACCAUAGAGAUCUCCAAGGGGCGCUCGGGGCUGGGGCUCAGCAUCGUCGGGGGCAAGGACACUCCCCUGGAUGCCAUAGUGAUCCAUGAAGUUUAUGAAGAAGGGGCAGCAGCCCGAGAUGGCAGACUCUGGGCUGGUGAUCAGAUUCUGGAGGUGAACGGGAUCGAUCUGCGCAGCGCCAGCCACGAGGAGGCCAUCACUGCCCUCCGGCAGACGCCCCAGAAGGUGCAGCUGGUGGUGUACAGGAACGAGGCACACUACAAGGAUGAGGAAAACCUGGAGAUUUUCUCUGUGGAUAUCCAAAAGAAAACGGGCAGAGGGCUGGGGCUCAGCAUAGCUGGGAAACGAAAUGGAAGUGGAGUGUUUAUCUCUGACAUUGUUAAAGGAGGAGCUGCAGACCUAGAUGGAAGAUUAAUUCAAGGAGAUCAGAUUUUGUCUGUAAAUGGGGAGGAUAUGAGAAAUGCCUCACAAGAGACUGUUGCCACUACACUUAAGUGUGCCCAAGGCCUGGUGCAUCUUGAGCUUGGGAGAUUGCGAGCUGGGUCAUGGCUGUCAUCAAGGAAAACAUCCCAGAACAGUCAGGCGAGCCAGCAGAGUGCCCACAGCCACUUCCACCCCGCGCUCGCCCCCGUCCUCUCCAGCCUGCAGAACUUUGUCAGCACCAAGAGAUCCUCAGCAGACACAGCCCAGAGAGGCUCAGCAGGCGCCGAUACGGGCCCGAGGACUGUGGAGAUAACAAGGGGCCCAUAUGAUGCCCUGGGUGUCAGCAUAGCAGGAGGGAAGGGCAGUCCCCUGGGGGACAUCCCCAUCUUCAUCGCCAUGAUCCAGGCCAGCGGAGUGGCUGCUCGCACGCAGAGGCUCAGAGUUGGAGAUCGGAUUGUCAGCAUUAAUGGGCAACCUUUGGAUGGGCUGUCUCAUGCAGAUGCAGUUAAUCUACUAAAGAAUGCUUAUGGGAGCAUUAUCCUGCAGGUGGUGGCAGACACCAACAUCAGUGCCAUUGCCAGCCAGCUGGAGAGCAUGUCCACGGGCUGCAGCCUCAGCCUGCCCUCCGAGCACCCCUCCGAGGACCCUGAAGCACCUCAGCCUAAGAUUAUUACCUUGGAGAAAGGCUCUGAUGGACUGGGAUUUAGCAUUGUAGGGGGGUAUGGAAGUCCCCAUGGAGACCUGCCCAUUUAUGUCAAGACUAUAUUUGCCAAGGGCGCGGCGGCCGACGACGGCCGGCUGAAGCGCGGGGACCAGAUCGUGGCCGUCAACGGGGAGGCCCUGGAAGGCGUCACCCACGACCAGGCCGUGGCCAUCCUGAAGCGCCAGAAGGGGACAGUGACCCUGACAGUGCUGUCCUGAGACACACCGAGCCCUUCAGGCCGUCAGCAGAGCUGUCAAACACUGCCCAGCCCCAGCAGAGCCCGGACCCGCGCUCCCGCCGCUCCAGGCGCGUCUCCAGCUUCAUCCGGCCUCCCACGACUUUCCAGCCUUUCUCCCCACCCUCCACAACUUCUGGUGGCUUCAGAGGUUCCCCUGGACAAGGUUUAAUUAAGGAACUUCAAAGGACAGGACUCAUUGUGCUUUAUUUGACACCUCGGUUGGUCCCCGCUGCUCUGAACCUCGACUGCUGAACCUGGAAUCAAUUCGCGCACAAAAGAGAAUUUCAGAUCAUCAGCCGAUCUCAUCUGAGGGGCAGAAAUAAAUGCUGAGUGACUUGUCAUCUCACUCGUGAUUUACUUAUGCUAAUUGUUCUUUCAAGUAUGCCAGAAAACAUUAGCAAUGUAAUUAAAUUACCACUGUUCCAAAUGAUGAAAUAUCAAAUUCUCCUCUGGGAAAUUAUUUGUGCUCGGCACAGUAAGUCUGAUAGUCAAAUGUGAACUUCUCAUGUUUAUCUCUUUGGGUAGGUUUGUGGAAGUUAGUCAGAGGUAAUUACUGUGAUGUGUCAAUUUGCAGCCUUUAGCAUGAAAAAUAAACGAGGGGAGAGGGAAAUUUAUUUUUUUAGGCUUUUAAAAUGUUUGAGCCUUUUCAGAUAUUUAGGCAGCAUGAACAACAACAGCGUAGCUCAUUCUGUUCUAAUUCUAUUUUUUGAGAAGAAAUGUGCUGAUAUAUGCCAGGCAUGUCGCAUACAAAGGCAGUUGU